GGGGGGGGAGACAGUAACUCUCAAAGUGCCCACUUCCUGUCCUUGCCUGCAUGGAGGCGGGGGAAGUCCCAGGCAGGGCCUUGGAAACCCUGAGUAAUGGACAGAAGCCUCUGUCGGAACCGCCCAGAGUUGGUUGCUGUCAGCCGGCUACUGAGAGGGGAAGACUCACGUGGGAGGGAAGGAUUGUUUUUAAGCAGAGGCGGAUGGGAAGUAAAAUUCUGAAGUUGGUAAGGGAGGUGGAACUCGAAAGAAAGUACAUAGCACUACUAUGUUGUCGGUAAUAUGUAUAAUUUGCAGUAUCUGAGGGCCUUCUGUGUGCCAGGCACUACUUUCGUUUGCAUCAUUUCAUCUGCACAAGCCGGAGAGAUGGUUUCUCAGUUGCUUCCUGCUUUACCCAUGAAGACACUGAGGCUCAGUUGCCCAGGGUCCCAGUAGGAAACCCAAACAUUCACAGCCACUUUCCCAUACUUAUCCCUCUCCGAGUCUUUGUGGGCUUCCUUCUUUUGCCCUGGAUGUGCCUCAGCCUUUGAAGCCAUUCAAACCUAGACCUUCCUUCUCGGAGGAGGAUUCCCUCAGUAGGCAGCUAGCUGUUGUGCAGAACUUGGUCUCCUAACUCUAGGCAGUGAAAGCAAGAAAAGGAGAUAGCAAAGGACCACACAGGAAUAUGCGGUAGCCCCUCUCAUGCAUAGCCCAAAGCUCCACAGUAGAAGGACUGUAAAGGGGGCUCCGGUCACUGGUCGAGCGUUUCAGUACAAGUGGAGGGCCUUUGUGCAGAGGCCUUGCCAGUUCUUCUCUUCCCAGCUCAGAAAUCAGCUCCAAGCCUACAAUUCCAGCUGAACCGCUGUAGAAAUGUAUGUCCUCCAUGCAUCUUGUUCCAGUACUCAGGAGGCUGAGGCAAGAAGAUACUGAGUUUGAGAACAGCCUGGGCUAACCUCAUCAAAAACAAAAGACAAGCAAACAAAUCACACACACACACACACACAUACACACACACACCAGAUUCUUGUCCACCUGGGUAUAGUGAGCAUGGAAGUUUAUCAUCAAUCUCUAGGACACUCUCGAUGCCAAGUACAUUGGUACCUACCUGAAGACAGAGGCAAACAGAUCAUAACUACCAGACUAACCUGGACUAUAUAAAGAGAUUCAGCCUCAAAAGCAGCCAGGCAAGGUGGCACCUGCCUUUAAUUCCAGCACUAGAGAGGCAGAGGCAAGCAAAUCUCUGAGCUUGAGAUCAGUCUAGACUAAUUGGGAGUUCCAGGACAGCCAGGGCUACAUCCUGAGACACGGUCUCAAAAAAACAAACAAAACCAACCAAAUAAAAAUGAAAAGUGGGGACUAUGCUAACUUAUUCUUACAGUCCCCCGAAUUUGAGAGGCCAAGGCUGGAGAGUUGCUGUAAGUGUGAGGUAGUUUGGACUACAAAGUGAGUUGGAGGUUAGACUGAAAGAUUACAUACAUACAUACAUACAUACAUACAUACAUACAUACAUACAAGCCAAUCUAGAACUUGUUGGGAUCCAGAUGGAUCCAGGAUCUGCAGAAGCUCCGUGUCCAUCUCUGACUAGAAAUAGAGUCAAGGACAGGCCUCUGGGGGAGAAAAAGGACCCAUCAGUCACCCAGGCAGGAGGACAGCUCCUAACAGUGAACCCUCUACAGAGGGGUGGAGACUCUUCCUAAGGGACAAAGACCAUGAGAAGGGAAAAGCAAGCCUGUUGGAUGCCCAUGGCACCUAGUCACUAAUGACCUCAUUGGGCUCCUUCCUCACUGCUCCAGUUGGACCCUUCUUUCCCAGAAUUGCACAGAGAGUCGCUGCUAGGGCCUGGGUGUGGGGUUCGGAUGUGAGAAGAAUUUCGUUCCUACCCAUCUCCCUGCUAGUCCGGGGUAACCCAUUCCCACCUGGCUCCAGAGGAGAGGGGUCCCCGACUGAGCUGUGGGCUCUGUGAUGCCAUUCAUCACCCAGAGGAUCUUGGGGGAUGGGGGAAGAAUGAAAACCCCCAGAGAGGCUAACAACCCAGGUUUGGUGAAGAGCUGUGGCUCCUUUGUGCUGUGACUCACGAAGAUGAUGUCACAAUGGGUUUGGAGGUGUGGCUCUUCCCUUGCAGCUAAGAUAAAGCAGCUCUCCCUCACACUCCCUUCCCUUCUACUCUUGAGUGGAUAGGAUGGAGUGGCAUGGGCCGGUCCCAUGGCCUAUGGUCCCCAUGGCAAGUAACUUCGGAGAGGAAAGAUGGGUGAAUUCCAUCUUCGAUCCUGGGCCCAAGAUCCCGCUAGUGGAGGAUAUCUGGGACAAAGAAGAGGAGGAGGAGGAGGAAGAGGAGGGAGAGGAGGAAGAGGAGGAGGAAAAGGAGGAGAUUGUAGACAAAGAAGAUGAGAAAGAAGAAAACAGGAUCAAGACCCUUCUUGGAGUACCCAGGCAGGACUCAGUGUGGGGCCUGAUGGCUUGGCCCAGGCCCUCCCCAGAGCAAGCCCGGUGGUGGGAAGAAUUUUCCCUGCCCCCACUCCGUGGAUCCUGCCUCAGUCAGUGCAGACUGAGGGCAAAGACGAAGCUCCACCCCCUGUCCUCCCUGGCCUCCUGCUCCACCUCCAAAAUGUUGCCCUUAUUGGAGACCAAGGAAGAAGAGCCUUGCUGGCUAAGAAGCCAGCCUCUGCUGGAGCCUCCACCCGCUUCCAGACUGAAGAUCCCCAAGACGGUGCCCAGGCUUCCUCCCAAGGUCUCCCCCAAGAGAUCUACUGUCCCUAAACCCGGGCGGCAGCAGACCUCAUUGUCAAUGUGGCCUCCAAUUAUUCUCGACCCCCCCUCCAAGAGUUCUGCUCUUAAGGGACAACACACAUCCUCUGCCAAGGAGGCCCCCCAUACCCUAGGUGCCUGGGGCAAUCCCUUGCCUCACCUUUCUUCAAAAUAA